AUGGACCAGAUGCUAUCAGCACUCGAACACUUGCAUUCGUUCGGAAUCGUGCAUCGUGAUGUCAAGCCUGCGAACAUCCUCGCUUGCUUGGACGAUCCAUCACGCCUGAAACUGAUAGACUUUGGCAUCGCUAAGCCGUUCCAGCGCAGUGGCUCGCCCACUCAAUACGACCCUAUCAAGGAGGAUAGGAUCAUUGUCGGCACAUUGCAUUGGGCCAGCCUGAACUCUCACCGGGGAGUCGACCUCUCUCGGCGAGAUGACCUUGAGUCUCUUGCUUACGUCGGCCUUUUCCUGCUUCGUGGAGACUUGCCCUGGCGAGCGGAGCACACCGAGUCAAAGGCGUACUGGUAUGAGGGCGAAACGCAUGCAAUGAUACGCAUACAUGCCGCCAAAGAGGCAUGCAAAGGCUUGGUGCUCUCGGUCUCUCGGCUUUUGUGA